UGCAUAAUCUUUCCAUCUUUUGAGUUCCAUUUCCACAUACUCUCUCCUCUAAUAGAGCCUUUAGGAUCUGACUGCAGAGUGCAGAGAUCCUCUCGACCCGUGAUCGACAUCGAAAUUCCCCGAGCAGACCGCAGACUGCACCGAUCAAGGAGAUCCCCCUUCCACAGAUUGUCGAUCACCUUGACCAGCGACAACCAUGGCCGACGCAGAGUUGGAAGAGAUUAGACGAGCCCGCAUGGCUCAGCUCCAGCAACAGAGCGGUGGUGCACGCGGCGGGCCUAGUGACAACCAAGAAGACCAAAGAAAGCAAGCUGAAGCCGACCGCCGUGCCUCCAUCCUGAACCAGAUCCUCGAACCGGAAGCCGCCGACCGCCUGGGCCGCAUUCGCCUCGUCAAGGAAUCGCGCGCGAUGGACGUUGAAAACCGCUUGAUCAUGCUCGCUCAGACCGGCCAACUGCGCCAGAAGGUGUCGGAGGAUCAGCUAAAGCAACUGCUCAAUGCUAUGGCUGAGAACCAGCGCAAGGAUGAGGAGGAGCACAAAAUUGUGAUCACUCGGCGCAAAGGCGGCUGGGAUGACGAUGAUGACCUAUUGGAUUUGUAGAGCGACAGCAAAUUGAUGUAAUGAUCUGCUAUUAGCGAGAGGCGCUUGAUCUCCGCAGGUGGCGGAUGGUUUCUUGCAGUCUCUUUUUUGAUACCUUCCGCGUGCUCUCUUUCUUUAUGUAUUCCAGCGCAGCUUCUGGGGUAAGCCACUGGCUGUAUGCUCGGAAUACUGGCUCGUCGGCGAUGGCCGAACUAUCCCAUGAUAUGGAAAAGCU